CGUUGAUUUUAUCGAAGUUUGUUAUUAUUAAUAACAACACUUUUGUAAACUAUUCAAUGAUAUAGAUUAGUAACACUUUUGAAUAUCAAUCUUAUCAUGCUAGUUGAACAAGUUCAGACCACUAGUAUAAUAAUUGACAAUCAUGGCGGCCGGUCCUAUUGCUGAACGUAAUCAAGAUGCCACAAUAUAUGUGGGUGGAUUGGAUGAUAAGGUCACAGAAUCCCUUAUGUGGGAACUGUUUGUCCAAUCAGGACCAGUGGUCAACGUGCAUAUGCCUAAAGAUAGAGUAACACAAAUGCAUCAGGGCUAUGGGUUUGUAGAAUUUAUGGGAGAAGAAGAUGCUGACUAUGCUAUUAAGAUAAUGAACAUGAUAAAAUUAUAUGGAAAACCAAUAAGAGUAAAUAAAGCAAGUGCUCAUCAGAAGAACCUAGAUGUUGGUGCUAAUAUCUUUAUUGGAAAUCUUGAUCCAGAAGUAGAUGAGAAACUAUUAUACGACACCUUCAGUGCAUUUGGAGUAAUUCUUCAGACGCCAAAAAUAAUGAGAGAUCCUGAAACAGGGAACUCCAAGGGCUUUGCAUUCAUAAACUUCGCUUCCUUCGAUGCCUCCGAUGCAAGUAUAGAAGCAAUGAACGGUCAGUACUUAUGCAACAGACCGAUUUCCGUAUCAUACGCUUUCAAACGCGACGCGAAAGGAGAAAGACACGGUAGUGCUGCUGAACGAUUGUUAGCUGCUCAAAACCCGCUAAGUCAAGCAGACAGGCCUCAUCAAUUAUUUGCCGACGCUCCUCCUUUGGCGCCACCUCCGAUUCCAAAUUCCAAUACAGCGACUCACCAAGCUACUCAUCAUCCUCAACAUCAUGUGAUGCAUCAUGGAAUGGUUGUACCACCACCUCCACCUCCGUCAACACCAGGACCUCCAAUGGGUCACCCACCACCACCACCUGUUCCACCGCCGCCAUCGAGUGGUUUUCCUCCAGCAAGUAUUCCUCCGCCUCCUUUACCUCCGAUGUCAAUGGCCACACAUCCUCCUUUACCGCCUGGAAUGCCACCUCCAUUGCCACCUAUGCCCGUUCCAACGUCUCAAUCGCAACAGACGACACCCAGAAUGAUGGCUCCACCACCUCCUCAUUGGGGAGUGAGUGGGCCACCUCAAGGUCAAUUUCCACCUCCUCCGCCUCCCUCAUCUACCGGAGCACCUCCACCUCCGCAAUUUGGACAGUUUCAACCACCACCACCGCGACCUCCUCCAACAUGGAGGCAUCCACCGCCUCCUCCUGUAUCUCAGGGUGGACCACCGCCGCCACCACCUCCACAAUUUCGACCACCCUUCCCACCAAGAGGUCCACCUCCACCUCCACCACCUCACGAUUCCAGUCAAUAUUAAAUUCAUUGUCUCUUCAUCUUUAUGAUAUCGUCAUUAUUUAAUAGCAUAAUGUAAAAAUUUGACUGUAUUCAAGAUGUUCAAACACAUUAUCGUUGCACAAAUCUGUAUUUCAUAAUACAAUGUCUGAAUAAAUUUCUUUAAUUUCAA